ACCACUGUUGGUUAUGCAGGUCCUUAUUGCAAUCGCAUCAGCGAUCCUGCUUGGCGUGGAUGACGAGCGGGCACUGCUCCCACUAUCGCCGAAACCGUCUUCAUCAAGAGAAAUUGGAUGGGCCACGGCGACAACCAAGUUCAACAGCGGAUUGCCAGUUAUCACCGGCUUACAUCACCGUUUGGAUGAGGCGCUCGUCAACGACGAACUACCAGUCUCUGCUGAGCAUCAAGGACCACGUGACAUCAACCAAACCUACUUAAACGCGCAGCACUUUGGCUUCGUGGGAUUUGGAGCCGGCACGCUGGCUGACAUGCAGCUAACACCACUGUUGGUUAUGCAGGUUAGUACUUACUAUCCAAUGCAAGUGCAUGGUCCGCUAUGUGCGUUGCCGGCUCCUCCCAUGAUAAGUGCUACUGCGCACCCUCGCAGACGAAUGUGCGCGCGAUUGUCUUGUCGAAAUUUCCGCCUCUUUGUUAAUCGAGUGUUGUACUUGAUUCUUCUUUUGUUGCUAUCGGGCGACGUCGAGCUUAAUCCUGGACCUCUCACCGAAGCAGCAAUGGAGGUACUGAAAAGUUUACAGACUGGUCAGGCAGCAAUCAUGAGCAAACUAGAUACCAUCGAUACCAGGUUAGCGAAGCACGAGGCUAUGCUGGCGGAAGUAAACAGUAGGCUUGGCGUAACAGAGGAACGGGUUGAAACGGUAAAUAAAUUACUGUCGGAUCAAGCAAGUGCAACAAGAUCGCUUGAACAACAAGUAUCUGCCGUGCGAAACAAAAACGUCGAUCUUGAAAACAGAAGUCGCAGGCUUAAUCUUAUCUUCUAUGGAAUAGAUGACGGAAACCAUUCUGAAACGUGGAUUCAGUCAGAAAACUUGGUUAAAAGUAUUUGCAAAGCUAACCUGGGGAUCGAACUGAACUCGAUACAAAGGGCCCACCGUGUGGGUCAUUACAGCGUUAGGUUCAAAAGGCCAGUCUUAGUGAAUUUUUCUUCAUAUAAGGAAAAACAGGACGUCCUGUCAAAUGCUCAUAAGUUCAAGGGAUCACCCUACAGUGUGGAUCAGGAUUAUUCAUCCGAGACCCGACAAAUACGCAAGCAUCUGUGGGAAUACGCAAAAGUUAAAAAAAGCGGACAGCAAUAACAAGGUAAAGCGAAACUUCGACAAACUCAUUAUUAACGGAAAAACCUUCACGUGGGACAGAGAAAAAAAACGAAGUUGUUCCAUUCAGGAAACAAUGAUGCAGUAGAAAGGAAACGAAACAAGUAUGCCGUGACCUCGUUGCUGUUGUAGUAAACUGUAGGAGUAUAAUAAACAAAGUCGAUGAAUUCGCU